UCACAUUUUUCUAACUACACACACAUCACCCACUCAAACUCCACCACCACAUUUCUCCGCCGUAACUUCCACCAUCAACCGUAACCGUAUUUCUCCGCCGUAACUUCCACUCUCAACCGUAACCGUAUUCCUCCAUGUCGAAUCAAAACAACCAGUCGAGCACUGCGACAUUCGAAUGGAACUUCGAAGACGACAAAACUCUCCAAAUCCAAGGCCGAAAACUCUUAUUCUUCGCCGUCGUUUUCACCAUCAUCGUCCUUUUCACAGCUCUAUUCAUGUGCUCCCGUUGGAUCUUCCGAAACCGCAGCCUUCUCGGUUCAAUCCCUACUCACCACGCGCCGUUCGUCACUUCUUCACCGUCGCAGGGACUCGAUCCCGACGCGAUUAAAAAACUUCCUAUCAUACUCUACCAAACUAAUUGUUCCAAUCGCGCGUUGGAGGAAACGGAAUGUUGCAUCUGUUUAAGCGCGUUUAGAGAUGGAGAUAAGUUGAAAGUGUUGCAGAAAUGUGACCAUUGUUUUCACUGUGAAUGUGUUGAUGCGUGGCUUGUGAAUCAUUCGAGUUGUCCUCUUUGUAGAGCUUCUCUUAAACUUGAUUCAUCUUUACCAAUGAUUUUGAUUCAAGAACCACCUGUUAGAUAUAAUCUCCCUCUUUGAAUUUCAAAUUUUUUGUAACUUUUUUUUUUUUUAAUUUUAGUAGUUAUUGUAGUAUUAGUAUUGCUAAUUUACUUGUUUUGGAUAAUAAUUAGUUCCGGGCAAUGUAAUCUUAGUAAGAAGCAAUUGUUAGAGAUAUUAAUAUUAAUGUAUUAUGUAAUGUAGUGAAUAUUAUGGAUUGAAAAUUGUCAUAUUAAGUUUGAGCUAUUA